AAUUAUAGAGAUAUAUAUGUUUUUGAUAUUUUAAUUACAUUUUUAUAAUGAUACGAUAUGGAAACUAUAGUUUUAAUAAAAAGAACAAGUUUCAUUGCUCUUGUUUCAAAAAUGCAAAAAUCAACCCUACGUUAGCUGGUUGUACGGACGACGCUGCCGCAGUGUCCGUUUUACCUUACCAAUGGACUCCUAGAAAAUGUGGGUCGAUUCUUGCCAAUUAUCUGAAAGAAAGAAGAGAAAGUUAUUUUAAAAUACUUAAAGCUCUAGAAGAUAGUAAAGAUAAAGUUAAUGGAGAUAUUGAAUAUAAGGUUCGUGUUCUUGCAGAGACACUUCUUUGCACUAUCAACAAAAAUCAAUAUGACAUAGAUUGUAUUGUAAAAAAACUAGAUUUGACGGACGGUACUUUAUCUGGCGAAGGUCGCAUUUGUGCUCUAAAAGAAAUAAAUAAAUUCAUUUUAGAAAGAGUUCAAGAUAUAAGUAAUUUUAAAGAGGAUGCUUUACGAUUGGAAAAAGAACGUGCAAACGCUCUAAGAAAUAUCCUUCACGAUCAUUUUCAUCGCAUAAUUGCUAUAGGUCAUCGAUCCUCAAAAGAGUUGCUUCAGGAAUGUGACGAGAAGAUUUAUAAUAUUAAUCAACAGUUAUUGAGUAAUUGCGCAGCUUAUAGUGAUUUAGAUAUACAGCUGCGUGCUCAAGCAAAUCGAAGCAUGAUAAAAGCUCGUUCAAUCCUUAAUCAGUUAUGCCUAGGAGUGAAGACUAUAAAACGUGCAGGCAGUGCUCUUUCCGAAUGUAGCAAUAAUCACGACAUUCAAAAGAGAUCUGGUAGUGCUAGUCAUGCUAAAGUAAUUUCUACCAACACUACAAUAAAUGUUAAAGAAAUAGAAGAUUGUGUUUUUAAAUUAUCCGAGGAAUAUCAGAAUACAAUCAAAAAUGUUUACAUGAACUAUGUGGAUAAACUUAAAGAAUUUUAUAAAAAUAUCGGUAUUCGUAAUUUCAUUCUAAAUAAAAUUUGUUGCACAAAUAAAUUCUCAGUAUCUGUUUUAGAUCAAAUUGUUGAAGAAACACAAAGAAUAUCGGGAAUUAGUGUCCAGACUAAAGUGCCUCCGUGUCCUGACUUUUCUGAAUUAGCUGAAUGUUUUAAUAUGAUAAGCAAAAGUUUGAACUCGGUGGGAAAACAACUUACAUAUAUAUAUAAUAUUUUACAUGAUGCUAGCCAUCUAUGGGAUGCGCACAUGCUUCGUUUAGCUCUCGCUCAAAAACUGACAUUGGCUGCUGUUGAAGAUCUUAUAAGUAAACACGACUCUAUCGAACUCGCAAAUGAAAUUACAUUUAACAUAACGUUUGAACAAUUAGUAACUGCAAACGAUAAAGAAAAAUUACAACAAUAUUAUGAUGCUUUAGAGUUAUUGCUUAAACAGACGGAAGAGGCAUAUUUACAUCAUAGUGAUAUUGAAGUAGGGAGAUUGGAGGAAAUCUCGAAACUGCAUAUACCCUUGGCAAAUAUUCUGCAGGCAGAACUCGACUUCUAUAUUAAUAAAUACCUAAAAACAAAUUAUGAACCAAAUAUAAGCGAAGAUAAUUUGUCAGAUUCACGCCUAAGUAAUUCAGGUUGUAAUAUGAAGACAUCUCUUUUAAGAGUAAUAUUUCAAGUGGAAGAUCAAGAAGAAAUACUUAUUAAUUGGGGAAAUGGAUUUCUGGAAUCUUUUCAAAACAAUUUACCACUACUUUCAGAAAAACUAGAACAUCAAAUUCGUUUGUGGGUCGAAGAAAAAUCAUUGCCAUUAAAGAAGCGACAUUCUUUAAAAAUUAUGUCACUUAACAUUCGUAAAGACCGCAUCAAAGCUGCACGUGAUUUACGCUUAGCAGAGUUACGCAAGAAUGAGGCCUGUUUAGAGUCUCACUUAGGGGCAAUUAAUCAGUUGGCUAAUACUUUGCCAAUGGAGGUUUCUAAGUUCAUGACGUUAGAAGAUGCUGGCUUAUACCCGUUUUGUCAGUGGAUCCGAAAAAUUGAAGCAGGAAUGGAAGAACUUCAAGCUCACACAGUUGACGUCGAGACAAAGAGGUUGAAAAUGCUGAGUUUUGCUCAAAGACUCACAAAUCAUCGCCGGCGUUUUGAAGAAAGUUUAAAUUCGGCUACAGACCUUUAUAGGAAGACAAUUGAACGCCAGGUCCAAGAAGCAAGGGUCUCUAAUGUUCGUUUCUUGACUCAUUUAAAACUGCACCAUGAGGGAGGGCGUUUCUCGGCUGUUGAAUCGUCAAAAAUCUGUACAGCCUUAGUGAAAGGCGGUGACGCCCUAGAGACUUGUAUGGCUCAGUCGUUGGAUGUAUUAAAGGAACGUCAUACCGAACUACUUCUACAAGCAGACCAGUUACUUCAGCCUUUGCAGAAGAUAGCGGAGGAGAUGUUAAAAGGCACCGGGAAAAGUGUUUCUGAUAAAUACAAACAAUUUCGUCAUAAAAAGUAGUAUUUUACUUUUUAUGACGAAAUUGUUACUAGUAUUUUGUCUUUUUUAAAUGUUAUUAAUUUUGGAUUAUUACUCAUAACUUGACCAAAUUUACUUGCAUUAUAAAUGGACACUAUUAUUUCUUUUGGGAUGUUUCAAAACAAACAUCUAUAAGGCAAUUUUUGUACGAUAAUAAUGCAUUAACAAAGCAAAAACUGAUAAUUGUACAGCCUUGACUGGCAUAUUUUAUUAUUUUUAACUUUAUGCUUUAAUAUUGAUUAAACAAUAUAAAUAAUUAUGUCCGAUU